AUGCUAGGGGCAAAAACCGCAGCAGCUAACAAAGAGAAUAGGAUUGGCCCGGUUGUAGUGACUCGAGAUGAUGUUGGUACGAUUUUGUUGGCUGCCUCGAAGACUAUUUGGACUUCCAUUAGUGUAGAACGGGUUGAGUUGGAAGCUUUUUACUGGGCUGCUGUGUAUGUGAAGGGUAUGCAAUGUAGUAACGUCAUUUUCAAAGGGGAUGCACAAAUAGUAGUGGAUGCUCUUCAACAUAAAAUUUCUCGCGACCUUCACAAUCAAGUGCAUGUUACCAAUAUUCUAGACUUAUUGUCUAAUGUUGGUUCCUUUUCUUUUUAUUUCUGUUUUCGAGAAGCUAAUAAUGUAGCUCAUCGCUUAGCUAGGUGGGCUUCCACUAGUAUUUGCUCUAAGGUUCUUGGAGCCAAGCUUCUAGUAUCGGGUACUCCUGAACCUGAGGUUACUCCUAUUUCUCCUAACUCUGGGGAGGAGGUGGAGCAGUUUAGUCAGAGGUCAUCUAGUCAAUCUGACACCAUUCUUGAAAGACCUAGACGAGUUAUCUAG